ACUCGGGAUGUUUCUGCCUCAGCUGCUCGCUGCUCCCCUUCGCGUCAUUUGUUUUGCGACCAGGCUUAAGGGGCCUCGACUAGUAGGUGCCCUCCAGUGCGCCUGAACACAGCUCUGCCUGAGGAAACGCUUCCGAACCGAACCAUGUCAUGUUUCAUAGGAGAUAUAAACUUCUGUCCUGAGUGUGGUAAUAUCCUCCCAAUCCCUCAGGUUCAGAGUGUCAUUACGUGUCCUCGGUGCUCGUUCAAAAUCCCGGUCCACGAAUUUAAUGGGCAGGUGAUCAAGUCAUCAGUGGUGUUCAAUUCUCUGGUGCAGAGUUGCUCUACUGUAGACAGUGAAGAGGACUCUGAACUAAAAGGCCCUGUGGUUGACAGGAAGUGUUCACGCUGCAAUAAAGAGGGAAUGGUCUACCACACCAGACAAAUGAGAUCAGCAGAUGAAGGCCAGACUGUGUUUUUCACGUGUAUACAUUGCAGGCACCAAGAGAAGGAGGAUUCAUGAGAGAGGUUUUCAUUGCCAUUUAAAAAAAUUUUUUUUUUUUUAGUUAUUGGCAUUGUGGAGAGCGUACUUGCACUGAGUGUACUGGUAAAAACCGCUCAGAUGUAAAAUCCAGCUGGAUAUACACACUGGGAUUCUUUUCGCAGAGCACAAUGACCUUGUAUUAAAAAGAAAACUGUUUUAGAAGAAUAAAAUUAUGUAAGAAGUA